AUGUAUUUAAACGAGGCAGAAGACGAGAAUGACGAGGCGGGGAAUGACAUGGGCAUGGAGAGAGUGUUUGAGGAACUCAAUACAUUAAAGGGGACCGUAGAUGGCCUGGAGACUCGUCUUAAAGAGACAGUGGACAGUGCUCUGAGCAGAGAGGAGGGGCUAAGAGCGGCAAUGGAUGUGAUGGCAGGAGAAUUCAAAAAGUAUGUGGAUGGAAAGCUACAGCGUUUUGAUGAAGUUGUCACAGACUGUCUAUUACGCAGGGACCAGAGGUGGACGGAGGAAUUAAAAAGGAUCCAAUCGAAGUCCCGGAUGUCCUGGGGACCCGUUAGUUAUUCUACGCCUUCCAUCCCUGCACAUUCUUCACACCGGCGACUAAGCGCAGACGAGACCUGUCCCACAGUACCAGCAGCCGCAGCCAGACCCCCCAUUAGAAUGGUGUUUCCUCAGUUCGGAGAGUCGCGAAAUUCUUCUGACGUCACGGACUUUGUUGAGCAGUGUGAGAACUUUUUAACCCUCAGACCACUGAGUGACAUAGAGCUGAUGGGAACGCUCAACACAGUUUUAAAGGGCCCUGCACGCAGUUGGUGGUUGGCCGCCCGCAGUAAAAUCUGCAACUGGACGGACUUUAGGAAGUCCUUCCUAGAGGCGUUCUUACCCAUGGACUAUCAGGCGGAGAUUGAAGAUCAGCUCAGGACCAAUGUGCAGGCCCCAGGCCAAUGCCUGAGAGAUUUUGCGUACGACCAUCGAGCUCUCUGUCUAAAGUGGAGACCAGAUAUGACGGAGGCAGACAUGGUGCGUCGCAUCCUCAAUGCUUGUAACCCUAGGCUGGCUAGCGGGCUGCGAGGCACAGUUACCACCGUUGAACAGCUGGUGAAGGUGGGCUCUCUUAUUGAGAAAGACUGGAGCAACACAAAGGACUAUUGGAGCAGAGUUCAGCAGUCACAUCCUCCUAAAAGGGUGGGCAAAAAGAACGACCAUGGUCCAAACCGGAGCUCCGGUGGCGACGUCGCUACAGCUUUGGGCGAGCCGUCUCUCCUUGUCGUGCCGGUCUACCUUUGCGGUUCCAAAGGCGAUGCGGUACUCGAUUCGGGAUGCACUUACUCCCUCAUGAGCCACUCACUAUGGAAUGCCAUCAAGAAGGACGGAGAGAUCCUAGCGUCGAGUGAAAUCCCAAAGUUCGUAAUGGCCAAUGGUCAAGAGAACAAGGCUCUUGGGAAAGCCACCUUGCUCUUUUGUCUCCACGAUUUCCAUGGCAUGCUCGGAGUCCACGUUCUUGCUGACGACAACCUCUGCAAUGGGAGUGGUCUGCGGAGUGAGAUUGCUAAGGCCCAAGAGGCGGACCCUUCCUGUCAAGAGCUCGGGCCGUCUGACCGCCAAGCAAGCCCGGGUCGCAUCCAUUACCAACUCCAACAGGACGUGUGGUACAGAGGCGUACCUUCCAACCACGACUCCGUGAAGCUGAUCAAGUUCGCGGACGACACCACCCUCAUUGGACUCAUCUCCAACAACGAUGAGUCCGCCUACAGGAGGGAGGUGGACCGGCUGGUGUCCUGGUGCAGUGGUAACAACCUGGAGCUGAACGCCCAGAAGACAGUGGAGAUGAUUGUGGACUUCAGGAAGAGCACUGUCCCCCCACCCCCACCCUCCGUGAUGGACUCCCCCAUCACCUCUGUGGAGUCCUUCCGUUUCCUGGGCACCACCAUCAUCCAGGACCUCAAGUGGGAGCCGACCAUCAGCUCCCUCAUCAAGAAGGCCCAGCAGAGGAUGUACUUCCUGCGGCAGCUCAGGAAAGCCAAGCUGCCUGCACAGAUGUUGGUGCAGUUCUACACGGCCAUCAUCGAGUCCAUCCUCACCUCCUCCGGGGGGGGGGGGGGGGGGGGGGGGGGGGGGGGGGGGGGGGGGGGGGGGGGGGGGGGUGGGGGGGGGGGGGGGGGGUGGGGGGGGGGGGGUGGGGGGGGGGGGGGGGAGGGGGGGGGGGGGGGGGGGGGGGGGGGAGGGGGGGGGGGGGGGGGGGGGGGGGGUGGGGGGGGCGGGGGGGGGGGGGGGGGGGGGGGUGGGGGGGUGGGGGGAGGGGGGGGGGGGGGGGGGGGGGGGUGGGGGGGUGGGGGGGGGGGGGGGGGGGGGGGGGGGGGGGGUGGGGGGGGGGGGGGUGGGGGGGGGGGGGGGGGGGGGGGGGGGGGGGGGGGGGGGGGGGGGGGGGGGGGGGGGGGGGGGGGGGGGGGGGGGGGGGGGGGGGGGGGGGGGGGGGGGGGGGGGGGGGGGGGGGGGGGGGGGGGGGGGGGGGGGGGGGGGGGGGGGGGGGGGGGGGGGGGGGGGGGGGGGGGGGGGGGGGGGGGGGGGGGGGGGGGGGGGGGGGGGGGGGGGGGGGGGGGGGGGGGGGGGGGGGGGGGGGGGGGGGGGGGGGGGGGGGGGGGGGGGGGGGGGGGGGGGGGGGGGGGGGGGGGGGGGGGGGGGGGGGGGGGGGGGGGGGGGGGGGGGGGGGGGGGGGGGGGGGGGGGGGGGGGGGGGGGGGGGGGGGGGGGGGGGGGGGGGGGGGGGGGGGGGGGGGGGGGGGGGGGGGGGGGGGGGGGGGGGGGGGGGGGGGGGGGGGGGGGGGGGGGGGGGGGGGGGGGGGGGGGGGGGGGGGGGGGGGGGGGGGGGGGGGGGGGGGGGGGGGGGGGGGGGGGGGGGGGGGGGGGGGGGGGGGGGGGGGGGGGGGGGGGGGGGGGGGGGGGGGGGGGGGGGGGGGGGGGGGGGGGGGGGGGGGGGGGGGGGGGGGGGGGGGGGGGGGGGGGGGGGGGGGGGGGGGGGGGGGGGGGGGGGGGGGGGGGGGGGGGGGGGAAAAAAAAAAAAAUGUGA